AUGUUGAUCGGAUACAAUAGAAAAAAGAUUAAGAAGCUGUUGAUCAUAAAGAAGCAUAACCCGAGGCACAACAGCCCUUACAGUGGCUCACGACAAUGGCACCACCCACCUGGCCACAUCACCCACCUGGCCACAUCACCCACCUGGCCACAUCACCCACCUGGCCACAUCACCCACCUGGCCACAUCACCCACCUGGCCAUAUCACCCACCUGGCCACAUCACCCACCUGGCCACAUCACCCACCUGGCCACAUCACCCACCUGGCCACAUCACCCACCUGGCCACAUCACCCACCUGGCCACAUCACCCACCUGGCCACAUCACCCACCUGGCCACAUCACCCACCUGGCCACAUCACCCACCUGGCCAUAUCACCCACCUGGCCACAUCACCCACCUGGCCAUAUCACCCACCUGGCCACAUCACCCACCGGCCACAUCACCCACCUGGCCACAUCACCCACCUGGCCACAUCACCCACCUGGCCACAUCACCCACCUGGCCACAUCACCCACCUGGCCAUAUCACCCACCUGGCCACAUCACCCACCUGGCCACAUCACCCACCUGGCCACAUCACCCACCUGGCCACAUCACCCACCUGGCCAUAUCACCCACCUGGCCACAUCACCCACCUGGCCAUAUCACCCACCUGGCCACAUCACCCACCUGGCCACAUCACCCACCUGGCCACAUCACCCACCUGGCCACAUCACCCACCUGGCCACAUCACCCACCUGGCCACAUCACCCACCUGGCCACAUCACCCACCUGGCCACAUCACCCACCUGGCCAUAUCACCCACCUGGCCACAUCACCCACCUGGCCACAUCACCCACCUGGCCAUAUCACCCACCUGGCCACAUCACCCACCUGGCCACAUCACCCACCUGGCCACAUCACCCACCUGGCUGCGUUCUUGAAGAACGUGACCUUGGUGCACACCGCUUGUCGCCUCCCUUUGCUGUUGCUCUGCCACGGCGCUCCCCGCCACAACACUUCCACGCCCUGGCUCGCCUCGCUGAGAGACGCCUGGGCAGAAGGCUCAAGGGUGACGCACGUGGCUGGGGCGUCAAAGCUGACGAGGCGGUGAGCUGGCACCACGUUGACCUGCGUGGCCACCUGCACCUUUGCCUUCACUGCCCCGCCCGUGCUGUCUCCCCCCAUCCCAACCCCCACCCCAACUCCCGCUGGCAUCUCGGCAUUCCCAUUUUCCACGGCCAUAAAUGUAUUAGAUCUGCUCAGCCAUGA